AUGUCCUUGAACAACCCCCUCAACCUGCUCCUCAUCCCCCCCAUCCUCUACCUUGUCUACCGCGUCUUUGUCCCCGCCGCCCUGGCCGAAGAAGAUCCCGUCACAGAGUACACCCCAGACCAAUACAACUGGCUGCCUGCGAAACACCCCGAUGUCUUAUGCCACAAAAAGUACACCCCCCAGGAGCUCUCAAAGUAUGACGGAGUGAAGACCCAGCGCAUCCUGUUGGCCAUCAUGCGAGCCGGGGAUGACGGAAAGCUGGACCCCAACGGCGAAAGGACAGUGUUUGAUGUCACCGCGGGCAAGACGUUCUAUGGUCCAGAUGGGGUGUAUGGCAAUUUCGCUGGCCGCGAUGCUUCUCGGGGUAUGGCCAAGCAGUCGUACGAACUGGACAUGCUUGUGCCCUUGGAAGGGCCCCUCGACACACUGGCAGAUCUGACCCCCGCCGAAAUUGAGAACAUGCGCGGGUGGCAUCAGCACUUUGAGGGCAAGUACAUAGUAUGCGGCGAGGUGGUGGAUGCAUUGUAG